AUUACCUCGGGGUCUCAUUUUGAUUGGAAGGCGGCAAAGGCUGUGAUCUCAGGACUAAUUCAGAUGCUGCCGGAGGGGAGGGGGGUGUUUUUCCUGCCCACGACCCACGUAUACUGAGAGUGCACUCGGACCCGCAGCCACACUGUCAGAGCGUCGCCGGGGAUGAAGCCACACGGUCGCGGCUGUGAUACGCACGGAUUCUGCUCAGACAUUCCGCGUCUCUUUUAAGGAUUUAACAUUAUUGCUCGGGCAAAGGCUUUAACCGCAUGACGCUUUGACUCUUGGUUGUCUUUACCCUACACAUGUAUUUUUCAACUAUUUCCACGAGAAUUGGGUCAUGAUCACAUCGCCCACGGUCUCUGUCCUGAGAAAUAGCACGAAUCCAGCCUGGGAGAGCGGCUCCUCGGGGGAGAAGGGCGCAGUGAAGAUCAACCACCUAUCUGUUUACAACUCCGUCUCUCCCACAGAUCCUUCUCGGCAAGCCAGUCGUCUUCCCAUAAAGGUUUUGAAAAUGCUCACGGCUCGGGGAGGACACAUUUUGCACCCGGAGUACCUGCAACCCUUACCGUCCACUCCUAUCAGUCCUAUUGAGCUGGAUGCCAAGAAAAGUCCACUGGCUCUUUUGGCUCAAACGUGCUCUCAGAUUGGUAAACCGGAUCCUCCGUCUUCCUCCAAACUAUCGUCUGUAACCACAAAUGGAUCUAGUGACAAGGAGACGAAAUCCGGACCGCUGAAAAUGAGCGACAUCGGAGCCGAAGAUAAAUCUAGCUUCAAACCCUACUCCAAAUCGUCAGAGAAGAAGGACUCGACCAGCAGUCUCAGUGGGGAUAAAACUAGUUUCCGAGUGCCUAGCGCCACCUGCCAGCCGUUCACCCCCAGGACAGGCAGCCCUAGCUCCUGCACCUCCGUUUCUCCACUGCCGUCUGAAGGCAAACCGGGAGAGAAGGAGGAAAAGAAGGAGGCAGAUAGCAAUAAAACCAGUUCGACGGAGAGCAAUGGUAGCCAUAGGAUAAGUGGGAUUAACUCCGAUGCAAACCAACACCAGGAGAGCACAUCUGGGUCCAAAACUGUUACGUCAGACUCAACAUCUGUAACCUCAUCGUCCUCCUCCGUUCUCGGGUCUGGACUGGUGGCCCCUGUUUCUCCCUACAAGCCCGGUCAUACAGUUUUCCCCUUGCCACCUGCUGGUAUUUCCUAUCCUGGAAGUUUAGCAGGUGCAUAUGCAGGUUAUCCGCAGCCGUUUCUCCCUCCUGGAAUGACUCUAGACCCCACCAAAUCAAGUAGCCAGCUUUUAAGCGCACAGUUUGCUGCUGCCAGCUCACUUGGAUGCAGUAAGGCAGGAACAAGCCCCUUAGCUGGAGCAUCACCCCCCUCUCUAAUGUCUGCAAGUCUGUGUCGAGACCCAUACUGCCUGAGUUACCACUGCGCAAGCCAUUUGUCCGGCGCAUCCAGCGCCAACUGCGCACAUGACUCUGCGGCUGCUGCUGCGGCCGCCACUGCGCUGAAAUCUGGAUACCCACUCAUGUACCCGACGCACCCCUUGCAUGGAGUGCAUUCCUCGGCGCCCUCUUUCAGCGGGCACCCGUUAUAUCCUUAUGGCUUUAUGCUCCCCAACGACCCCCUGCCGCAUGUUUGCAACUGGGUGUCUGCCAAUGGACCUUGCGACAAGCGCUUUUCUUCCUCCGAGGAGCUUCUCGGUCACUUGCGGACUCACACGGCCUUUGCCGGUACGGAGAAGUUGAUAUCGGGGUACCCGGGGUCAUCUUCGCUCGCAAAUGCUGCUGCUGCCGCUGCAAUGGCUUGCCACAUGCAUAUGCCACCAAACGGUAGCCCUGGUAGCCCCAGCACACUGGCCCUCAGGGGCCCGCAUCACCCCCUCGGACUGAGCAGUCGCUAUCACCCGUACUCUAAAAGCCCCCUGCCUACUCCCGGGGCCCCAGUGCCGGUCCCCGCAGCCACUGGUCCAUAUUACUCUCCGUACGCGUUGUAUGGACAAAGACUGACAACAGCAUCGGCCUUAGGAUACCAGUAGAGACAAAGAAUUAUACAUAACAUUUAUAAAGGAGAUUUAGGCCCAAUGAGUUUUAUAUUGUACUUCAUGCAGGGACGGGAUCCAUGUGGGGAUCAAUGUAUUUAUUUGCGAUAGCUCCA